AUGGAGGAACCUGUUUCCGCUUCCCCCCCUAACGCAGCGGACGGCGUGUGCCCGCAGCCCCCGACGGGCGAGGAGGGCGCGGGGAAAGGUCUGGCGCCCCUUCAGUCGGCCGCCGAAGGCGGUGCGGCAGCGAAGGCUUCCUCGAUGAACUCACCCUUCUCCGCCACGAGAAAGGUGUCAGUAAAGGAUCGUAUAGAGGUGCAGAAGCAACGUAAGUUCAUGUUCUGCGAUGCUUGCGGCAAAGAGAUUCCAAUCAGUGAAUGGCCGGAUCACCGUGACCGCCUCAAGUCUGUAAGUUUUGUAACGACGCGCAUGAGUGCCCUCCGCAAGCUUUUGAUAAAGCUGUUUAUAGAUUUUUUCAUGUGGGUCCUUAUGAAUGUUUACUUCCGCGAGGUAACAGUUGUCAAUAAGGAAAAUAUCCCAAAGACAGGGGCCGUUGUAUUCUAUGGGAAUCAUCAGAAUCAGUUUAUUGAUGCUAUGAUGAUUCGUGCAAAUUGCGGUAGGCCUGUGCGUUUUGUCAUGGCUGAGAAAUCGUUUGACCGGCCCAUCGUCGGUCAGUUUGCCCGCAUGAUGGACGCUGUGCCUGUCGUCAGGCCGCAAGAUUGUCCUCUCCUCCCUGGUGAGGGAUCACUGGUGCGAAUGGAUGCAGAUAUUGUCUACGGGCAUGGAACCACCUUCUCCACAUCUCUUACCUCCGGGGAUGUGAUCAUCUGGUUAAAGGGGAUAUCGAAGUGCUCUGCACAGGUGCACCGUAUUCACUCCGAUACGGAGCUGCAGCUGACCCUGCCGGUCCUUGCGGCGAAUGUAGUAACACAAAAAACACCAUUCAAGAUAUCACGCCGCAUCGAUCACUCUGUCAUGUAUGCCAGUGUGUACCAAACUUUACAAAACAACCAGUGCAUUGGCAUUUUCCCAGAAGGAGGUUCUCACGAUCGGACAUCUCUUCUCCCACUCAAGGCAGGUGUGGCACUCUUUAGUCUCGGUGCAGCAGAGCGGGGUAUAACUGUGAAGGUGGUCCCCUGUGGGUUGACAUACUUCUACGGUCACAAGUUUCGUAGCCGUGCCCACGUCGAAUUUGGCGAGCCUAUUACGCCUUCAGAGGAACUAGUGGCGCUCUUCAGCACCAACAAGCGUGAGGCAACAGGCAUAUUCUUGGAACAAUUAAAUGCAGAGCUGCGUAGUUUCACCAUCAAUGUUCCGAACUGGAAUGCGCUCAACUUUCUCCAUGGUUUUCGUCAACUGUAUCAGCCUCAGAAUUGUAUUCUAGCAACGCAGGAUUACCUGCGUCUUACGCGGCGCCUCAGCGUAAUUAUGGAGGAACAGAAGGACAACCCAGAGUUUAUUGAUUUCAGAAACAGGGUAGAGAACUACCAAGACUAUUGCAAUGCGCUGCUUGUGCGUGACAGCCAAGCUGCAACGCUGGGAAAACUAGGAUCAAAUGAGGCACCACAACUACAACUCUUGUUCCGGCGCUCCUUUACCUUUUUCUUGAUGGCGGUCAUUCUUGUUCCAUUCUUCAUUGUGGGCCUUCCGAUUGGCCUCUUGGCGAAAUUCCUAUCGGAGCGUCACAGACUGAAGGCCCUUUCUGAAAGCAAUGUAAAGGUUGUGGGAGCCGACGUGAAGGGAUCGUAUAAACUGACUGUGGGUUUUUUCUGCGUACCUAUCGUGUUCUCACUCAUCUCGCUCAUUACAUUCGUCUACACGGAUCUUCGCACGGCGCUAACCGUUUCCUUUAGUCUUCCCAUGGCAAUGUAUGUCUCUCUGCUGAUUCUACAGGAGGCUGUGAUGGAACUACGUGCCGCGCUACCGCUUUUUAUGUCGCUUAUUUCGAAGCAUAAACAGUUUCGGAAAUUGUAUGAGCGGCGCCAGGCGUUAGUGGCGCUGACGAAGGGGCUUGUGGCAAAGUGGGAUCCGGAGCUGGAGGAGGAGGUUCAGACGUACGUGCGCGAGUCUAAGGACGACAUGAAACGGCGUGAGCCGUCGUUGUUUUCCCUGCGCCACAGCAGCCUUCGGCGUCUUGCGGACAAAUCAAAAUGA